AUGGACGGCGGGAACAGCAUGUUUGGCGGGUUUGGCGCCUCCAAGCUGCGGCCGUUCACGGCGCUGAGCUGCGGCAUCAUCUCCCUGGGCCUGGCGCUGCCGCUGCUGGUGGCCGUGCCCUCCAUCCGACCCUUCAGGAAGGAAAUCAUCGUGGUGGCCUGCGUGCUGAUCUUCGUGGGCACGUUGACGCGGCUCCGCCUGGAGAGAUGCCGGGAGGAGCUGCGCUCGCACACCGAAAAGAAGCGGGAGGUGCGGCGGCGCUGCUGGGCGGCGAUGCGCUACGAGGAUCUCUGCGCGGAGGAGCCACCGGAGUUUCAUUUGAUGGUCAUCCAUCAGGGCCCGGAUGGGGCGCCCCAGCGAGAGGUGCUGGACGUCGCGUCGGUGCUGGAGAGUGGCCUGUCCCUGAAAAAUCAGACGACUUGCCUCUGCUGCCUGGAUGACUUUGAGGCGUCUCAGAUGGUUGCGCUGCUCCCCUGCGGUCACCUUUUCCACGAGGACUGCUGCCUGGCCUGGUCCUCCUCCAAGCGCCGCGCCGGGCGGACCUGCCCCAUCUGCCGGGCCAACUUCACGGUGCUCUGA